AUGAGUUCGCUUCGAAAUAUUGUAGUCCUGAUAUCCGGGUCAGGAACCAAUCUCCAGGCUUUGAUAGACGCACAAAACACGGAAUCUCUCCCACAAACCCGAAUCACACUAGUUCUUUCUAACCGGAAAGCCGCAUACGGACUUACAAGAGCUCAACAAGCGAACCCUCCGAUACCAACAGCAUAUCUCGCUUUACAACCUUACCUAAAAACAAAUCCUGGAAAAACUCGAGAUGACUAUGAUGCAGAGGUGGCCAAGAUCGUGUUGAAGGAGAAACCAGAGCUUGUCGUGUUAGCUGGGUGGAUGCAUGUCUUUGGAGACGGAUUUCUCGAUUUGACGAACGGAGCUGAGCCACCUAUUCCUGUAAUCAACCUCCACCCUGCUUUACCAGGCGCGUUCGACGGUGCAAAUGCCAUCGAGCGAGCCUACGAGGCAGCACAGAAGGGGAAAGUAACACACUCGGGAGCAAUGGUGCAUAGAGUGGUUAAAGAGGUCGAUCGAGGAGAGCCGUUGAUUGUUAGAGAGGUGCCGAUCGAGAAAGACGAACCCUUGGAAACCUUUGCGCAGAAGCUUCAUAGUGUCGAGUGGGAGAUUAUUGUGAAGGCGACGAAAAAAGCGCUGGAUGAAGUGAAGCCUAUACAGGCAUGA